CAUCAUAUGAAAAUACUAAGAAAUACAAAUGCAGCUUUUGCAACUAUGAAACACAAUUGAAAUACAAUUUGUCUCGCCAUAACAGAACGCAUGACGAUUCCUCUCAUUUUAAGUGCAAUUCAUGUAAUAAGACAUACAGUACAAAGUAUAACCUAGCUGAACAUGCAAGGUACAAACAUGGAAGCCAUACUCUCAUAUGUGAUCAGUGUUCUAAGGAGUUUAAAUCUCAUAGCGGUCUUCAUAGACAUACCCAGAGAGCCCAUCGUGAUAACAAUGAAUUACGAUUCUCAUGUGAAAUAUGUGGUUUGCUACAUCUGCUGAACUAAAAAAUCAUAUGUCGACUCAUCAUGUUAAUUUGAUUCACAAAUGCGAAUACUGCGACAGGGAGUUUGGACUGUUAUCGGCUAAAUACAAUCAUGAACAUAUAUGUAAAAGCAGAGAUGAGAGAAUUGAAAUAAAAUGCAGCAUAUGCCAGAAGUCGUUUCCAUGCCAACGAUAUUUAAAGAAGCAUAUGCAUAUACACAAAAACUUGAAAGUCAAAUGUAUGUUGUGUCAUAAACAUUUUUCAAAUAAAUUUUCUUUGAAAAGGCACAUGAAAAAAAGUCACAUGAAUGACCAUGAUGGCUAAUUCCAUAAGCUAAUAUCCUUAUGUUUACACUGCCACGAUAGUAUAGUAUUCUGGCAAUACAGGAUAUAUCUUUUUUCCAUUGUUGUUUUAGAUACUAAGUAAUAUCUAAGUUCCAAGGCAUGUGUUAAAAUGUAUCACGGCAGCUGCAGUGGAAUUUUAAAUCAGGUGCUAUUAAGAAAUGGGAAAACGUGAUUUUGCAGAACAGCAGAGCUAGGUGAACAUAUUUAUAAGUGGCUCAAAGACAUACAUAAUGAUGUUAAGGAAUGAUGUACAUUUACCCAUAAGUUAAGAGUCAGUGACAUUAUGAAUUAUAAGAUGACACAUGCUAUAUUGUAUUUAAUCAUGAUUAUAUUGCAAGUAAUUGUGUUAUAUUGCAUUCAUUAAUGUUAUUAUAGUAAUA